AUGGGUCGCGACGACUGGCUCAUUGCAUUCGCGCCCAUCCGACUGAUCAGUGCAGGUGGGUUCCUUGCAGUGUCAUAUCUCAAGAAUCGCGAGAGUACAGGCGAUGUCGAUUAUCUGAUUGAUCCGGAAUUUGCCGAGGACAAGGAGAUACAGAAUGCUUUCCAUGAGGCUGUCAUUUCUGUGGCAGAGAAACUACACUUUACCAAUGACUGGAUCAACGAAGCCAUGGCUAUCUUCGUAACGAAGAAAACUCGACAGACCUUGUUUAAACUAGCCGAGAAACAGGACAUUACGCUGUUUAAAGGAGAAAACCUCGAGAUCCUGGCUGCUCCGAUCGAAUGGGCCCUGGAGCGCAAAUUGAGGAGGAUCUCUGCUGCGCAGCGGGACCGAAAGGCGGAUCUAGAUCUGGCGGAUGCAGUUGCUCUUUUGAAGCAAUUGAGAACUCGAAAUGAUGGCCCGCUGGAUUUGGAGACCAUCCGGAAAAUGAAUAUGAACGGGUUCGACGUGAUUCCCGAUCAUAAAAUAAUGCAUCAAGUGGCUGAUGCCUACCGUAGCGAAUAUAAUAAGGAUAUCUUCAAAUAA